UCGUAGAAUAGCUCAAAAUGGGUGCGUUAGCUCUAGGCAGUCUUUUAUGCGGUGCUGAGAGAGCUCCAUUACGGCGUAAUGGAGGAGGUCGCGCACGGGCCGCCGCCCACCCAAAAACCGCUCCAUUACGCCGUAAUGGAGAGCGCAAUACGGCUAGGGUUGGACACCGAUUUCAUCUAGAUUCCGACAGAGGAACAGCCCUACCGUUCGCGGAUAGUGUUUCCGGAAUACCGUUAUAGUGAAGAAUCUCAGAAGACCAAUGAUGGUCUUACAAAUCGAAGGAAUAUGAACUCGUAUUUGUACGUCGAUCAAUGAAAGUUUGCCGCCGGAGAUACCAUGUGGACCGCAGCGGAAAAGAUUACAGAAAACAAAUCUCCAAUCUCACAAGCAAAGGCUAUCACGAGAAGGACGAA